AUGUUCGGUUUCAAAUCAAGCUCGAAGGAUAACAGUAGUGCGCAAUCGAAGGCAUCCAGCGAUGCAGAUCAGGAGCCUGUCACUCACGACCCUAUCUUGACACCACCAAGUGACUACAAGCCCCAGCCCUCUCCAUUUCUUGACGAGUCUCAGCAAGUCUUUCUCAUCAAGAUACGAGAGUAUGUCCGAAGCAUCAUGCUUCCUGAAGACCAUGAAUAUUAUGCAAGUGAAAAGGGAUUCUUGACUGAUGCCACCAUCAUUCGAUAUUUGCGUGCACGCAAAUGGGAUCCUGAAGCAGCCAAGAUCAUGUUGGAGAACACAAUCAAAUGGCGCCGUGAGUAUCGUCCUGAUCAAAUUGAUCCAGAAUACAUCAAGUCUGAGGCUGAAACAGGCAAGAUGUACUUUAAUGGCUUUGACAACUGUGGACGACCCGCCUGGAUCAUGCGACCUCGAUUUCAGAACUCCAAAGAUGAGGAUAAGCAAGUCAAGUAUAUUGUCUUUUGUCUCGAACGUGGUAUCCGCCUUAUGCCUCCCGGCGUCGAAAACUUGGCUAUCGUCGUUGAUUUCAAGGAUGCAUUGUACGCCCAAAAUCCCAGCUUGUCGACAUGCAAAAAGUUCUUGGAUAUCCUAGGCAACCAUUAUCCCGAAAGAUUGGGCGUUGCUUAUGUUCUCAAAUCCCCGUGGUUCUUUUUCACAACUUUCAAGCUUAUCUCACCUUUCAUGGACCCUGUCACCAAGGCCAAAAUCAAGUUUGCACAUGAUGAGGAUAAAGGAAAAUCCAACAACAGCGACUGGGUCAGCUUACGAGAUUACUUUCCAGCCAAGACAUUAGAACGUGCUUAUGGAGGAACCUUCAACUUUCAAUACAACAUUACAAACUAUUGGAAGGCACUUUUGGAGAAGACUGGUAAUCCUUACAAGGUCGUAGAUUACUUGUAG